UCUCGUCUUUUGCCUGAAUUCUUCUCGCACGUUUACAGAAAAGAAAGAGCCAAGCUGGGGGAAGUAACAAAGUCUCCCUCGCCCGGUCACGCCCAUUCUCCUAGAGACGCCUAUCAUCUAACCGUAUGUCAACACGAAUUGGCGGUUUUUCUGGAGGGGACACUGAUGAAAAACUUCAAUGGGGAAAAAGGAAGAGAAAAGGAAGUGAGAGAGAGGAAUCUCACUUCCACCACGUUGAGUAGUAGAGAAUGGGGGAUAAUAGGUGGCAAAAUAUACUCUCCCUCUAGCCAGACUCCGUUGACGCCGCCGCCCCUUCUUUCCUCCACUGACUCCAAACCCUACGUAGUGUUCCGCAACGAGAUUCCUCUCUCCUCGAUUCGAUGGCCCUCGUUGGAAACCGCCGCCCCAGAGUAUUUUUCUCUUGACACCACUGCCGAUACGGAGGAGCCCACGAGUCCGGUUUUGACUCCGUUGCCAGCUGCUACUCCGCCGCCUGUUCCUGAGCCGCGAAGAACGCUCGAGGGAGUAUGGUUUCGGCCGAAUUUUUGGUUCAAGAGCCCCAUGCUUCAGCUUCAUAAAGUUUCAGUUCCGGCUGAACGCUUCAUUCUGGUCACUGUGGUUUGGUGUGGAUACUUUAUGGCAUAUAAAACUCCACAACUUGGUUUGCAUGCCCUUGCUGAAGCCCUAUCUCAAAGAGGUAUUGCAAAGAAGAUGCAGGUGAUUGCAAAGGCACGCGUGCCCAUUGUCAAAUUCAUAGAGAAGAAAAGUGGUGUUGCCUUUGAUAUAAGUGGAUUAGCAACUUCAGUUGUGGAGGUCUGUGGUGUGUGU